AUGAAACUUCCUCCUGGGUAUACUUCCAGUGAUACGAACAAAGUUUGUCGUCUGCGUAAAUCUCUUUAUGGUCUCAAGCAGGCUCCGCGAUGUUGGUUUGCCAAACUCUCUGAUUCUUUGCUCCAGUUUGGUUUUGUUCAAAACAAGAAGGAUUACUCUUUGUUCUCUUAUCAUCGUGGUUCGUCAUGCAUCUACGUUAUCGUUUAUGUCGACGAUUUGAUUAUUGGUGGUAAUGAUUCCGCUCUUAUCUCGAAAUUUAAGGCAUAUCUUAGUGACUGUUUCCUUAUGAAGGAUCUCGGUGUACUCAAAUAUUUUCUUGGCUUGGAAAUCUCUCGCAAUAACGAUGGUAUUUAUGUUUGUCAAAGGAAAUAUUCCUUGGAUAUUGUCACUGAGUGUGGACUGACUGGUUGUUGUCCUUAUGAUACUCCGUUGGAACAAAAUCAUAAUCUUGCUCGCGACAAUGGUCCGUUGUUUGAUAAUCCCUCUCGUUAUCACCGCUUAGUAGGAUGCCUUGUUUAUUUAUCGGUUACUCGUCCAGACUUGAGUUACGCUGUUCAUCUCUUUGCUCAGUGUCUUGCUAAACCACGUGCACGCCAUUGGAUUGCUGCACUUCGUGUUAUCAAAUACCUUAAGGGUACUCUUGGUCAGGGCUUUUUUCUCAGUUCCGGUAAGGAGCUUCAUGUCAAUGCUUAUUGUGACACAGCUUACUCGGCGUGUCCACUCACUAGGCGCUCUAUCACCGGCUAUGUUGUUCUUUUGGGCGAUUCUCCGGUGUCCUGGAAAACUAAGAAACAGAAGACUGUUUCUCGUUCCUCUGCUGAAUCUGAGUACAGAGCAAUGUCUUUCACCUACUCGGAGAUUCAGUGGCUCAUGGAAUUGCUUCCUGUCUUUAACAUUGUUCAUAAGGAACCUGUUUCCUUUUACUGCGACAAUGAAUCAGCCAUCAAGAUUUUGAAGAAUCCGGUUUUUCACGAACGCACAAAGCACAUAGAAAAUGACUGUCAUAUUAUCCGUGAUGCAUUUCAGGCUGGUGAGCUUACUCUGGUGUCUAUCUCCACUAAAGAACAAGUGGCCGACUUCUUGACGAAAGCACUAGGACGGGCACAAUUCAUAUAUCUACUUGGCAAGAUGGGAGUUUGA